CCACCACCUGCUCUCCAAUUAUUCAAAUCUUUACAAUAUAUAUUUUCUUCAAUUACAUUUGAAGAUUUGUUCUACUUGCCUUAUUUCUAUAUUCCACAUUCCAGUUUUCAAAUGAAAUUUCAGUUAACAUGAAAUAUUAAUAAUCAUCCUAUUGGCUGUAAUGUGUUGACUUUCCACCACCAAAAUAUCCCCACAUAUACCCAGCUUCGCCACCCUAAAGCCUUGUCUAGCACAAUCUACCUAGAGAGAGUAGCCAUGAAGAUCUUCUGAUGUUUUGAUGAGAACCCAGAUGAGGAAAAUUGGGUCUUUGCAAUUAAAUUGAAUUAAAAUCCAAAUUCCUUGGUGGGUUUUCUUGGAAAGGUAUUAAUAUUUGCAAAAAUGGCCUCUUGGAACAGUCCCAUCAAAGAUAUGGCUAAUUACAAGCCAGUUUUUCUGACCAUCUAUGCCACUGUGGUGGUAGGAAUAGUGGUGUCUUCUUUCUAUGUUUUCUCGGCAGUUUACAGCUCCUCAUCGUCGUCUUCCUCCUCUUCCUCUUCCUCCCUGUGGUUCAGUCCAGUCCAAAACCAGGUAUCAAAUUCUUCUCAUGUAACUGUUGUGAAUGUGUCUCUGGGUUCCACCUCCCAAACACAAAGCAAAUCGAUGAAGCCUAUUUGGGAGGCCCCCCCUUCUGGUUCUAAGAUGCCACCUCUUAAAACCUUUAGAUUGACCAAGGAACUGGUUCAGCAAAGGGUGAAGGAUAAUGUUAUAGUAAUCACCUUUGGUAACUAUGCUUUCAUGGAUUUCAUCCUCACAUGGGUAAAGCACUUGACAGAUUUAGGUGUCGAUAACCUUCUUGUUGGUGCCAUGGACACAAAACUGGUUGAGGCUCUUUACUGGAAAGGUGUACCAGUUUUUGAUAUGGGUAGUCAUAUGAGCACAGUAGAUGUUGGAUGGGGUUCAAAAGCAUUUCACAAGAUGGGAAGGCAGAAGGUUAUUCUGAUUGAUGCCAUUCUUCCUAUGGGUUUUGAAAUACUAAUGUGCGAUACAGACAUGGUCUGGUUGAAGAAUCCGCUGCCUUAUCUAGCACGUUUCCCUGAAGCUGAUAUCUUGACCUCAACUGAUCAAGUUGCACCAACAGUUGUUGAUGACAGUUUGGACAUCUGGCAACAAGUUGGUGCUGCAUAUAACAUUGGUAUAUUCCACUGGCGGCCAUCCAAUUCUACAAAAAAAUUGGCAAGAGAAUGGAAAGAAUUGCUUCUCGCUAAUGAUGAUGUAUGGGAUCAGAAUGGUUUCAAUGAUCUUGUCAGGAGGCAGCUAGGACCACCUGUUGAUGAAGAAAGUGGACUGGCCUAUGCUUAUGAUGGAAACAUCAAGCUAGGUCUUCUCCCUGCAAGUAUUUUUUGCAGUGGCCAUACUUAUUUUGUCCAGGCAAUGUAUCAACAACUCAGACUGGAGCCUUAUGCUGUACAUACCACAUUCCAAUAUGCUGGUACUGAGGGAAAGCGUCAUAGGCUACGAGAAGCAAUGGUUUUCUAUGAUCCACCAGAUUACUACGAUGUAUCAGGAGGGUUCUUGACAUUCAAACCUUAUAUACCCAAGAGCUUGUUACUAGAUGGAGAACAUAAUGUUGAAUCACACUUUGCUCUUGUAAAUUACCAAAUAAAACAAAUAAGGACUGCCCUUGCUGUUGCUUCAUUGCUGAAUCGUACAUUGGUAAUGCCUCCGCUCUGGUGCAGGUUGGAUAGGUUAUGGUUUGGACAUCCUGGAAUUUUGCAAGGCAGUAUGACGAAACAACCUUUUAUCUGUCCUUUGGAUCAUGUAUUUGAGGUUAACACAAUGUUGAAGGAAUUGCCAGAGGAUGAAUUUGGACCACCGAUCAGAAUUAGGGAAUAUUCUUUAUUUGAUAAUCCAUCAAUGCCCAAGAAGGUGAAAGAAUCAUGGCUUGAUGUAAAUCUUUGUCAAGAGGGGUCACGAGGUUGUGAAGUUUCGAACAGUACAAGUCAAGCUGGAAUUCUCAAAUUUCCAAAGCGUAGUUCUGAAGAAACGUACAAGACUGUAUUCUCAUCAUUCAAAGAUGUUGAAGUCAUCCAGUUCUCAUCGAUGAAAGAUGCCUUCUCAGGCUUCACCGACAAGUCAAUGGAGGACAAAUUCAGGAAGCGUGUGAAGACAUAUACAGGUAUAUGGUGUUGUGUGGAAAAUCAUACUCCGGGUCACAUAUUCUAUGACAUCUAUUGGGAUGAAAAACCCGAUUGGAAACCUAAACCGCCUCAAACUCCGGAGGAAGAUCAUCAACCUGUUUAACACCUCUCACCGGUUAUCUUGAUGUCGGUCCACUGCUGAAGUAACUUGAGCAGGGCAGGAGGAGGAGGAAAUGCUAGAGCUAUUCUCAUAACUGAAGCUGCAUUAUUGACACCAAUAGAGCUGUAUACAUGCCAUACAUGUAAGUUCAUAUCUAUAGAUCUACAAGGCUGGCUAGCUGAUCUCUGGGAUAGCAUAGUUUGUAAUAUGUAUUACGUAUACACGUACAAAAGAAUUUUGGUGGUUGUCCAAUCGGAAAAAAUGCAAAUAAAAGGUUAAAUACCCUUGUCGAAAAA